CUUUUCCAUGUCUGGAUGCUUGGCGUUAAUGUGUGCAGCUUUGACACUCACGAACACAGCAGUCACAAUCGAGGACAUGGGACCGUGAAAGUAUGGCGGAUGCCGAGGAGCCGGAGAAGAAAAGAAGGCGAAUAGAGGACAUGACUGAGAAAAUGGCUGUAGAUGGUGGACACAGGGACACUGGCUGCGACUGGGAUGGCCGGUGGAAUCAUGUGAAGAAGUUUUUGGAGAGACCCGGCCCGUUCACCCAUCCUGACUUUGAGCCAAGCACUGAGUCUCUACAGUUCUUGUUGGAGACAUGCAAGAUUCUGGUCAUUGGCGCAGGAGGACUUGGAUGUGAACUCCUCAAAAAUCUGGCUCUGUCUGGGUUUCGCCUUAUUCACGUGGUUGACAUGGACACAAUUGAUGUGUCCAACCUGAACAGGCAGUUUCUUUUCAGACCCAAAGAUGUUGGACGACCAAAGGCAGAAGUGGCCGCCGACUUCGUCAAUAGUCGUAUCCCUGGGUGUAAAGUUGUUCCUCACUUCAAGAAGAUCCAAGACUUUGAUGAGUCUUUCUACAGACAGUUCCACAUCAUAGUCUGUGGACUGGACUCCAUCAUUGCCAGACGCUGGAUGAAUGGGAUGCUGAUAUCCCUCCUGAGCUAUGAAGACGGAGUCCUGGAUCCCAGCUCCAUCAUCCCCCUCAUCGAUGGAGGAACAGAGGGCUUCAAAGGAAACGCUCGUGUCAUUCUACCCGGCAUGACUGCUUGCAUCGACUGCACAUUGGAGCUGUACCCCCCACAGAUUAAUUUUCCCAUGUGCACCAUUGCAUCGAUGCCAAGGCUACCUGAACAUUGCAUUGAAUAUGCCAGGAUCUUACAGUGGCCCAAAGAAAAGCCUUUUGGAGAUACCAGCUUAGAUGGAGACAAUCCUGAGCACAUCCAGUGGGUGUUUGAAAGAGCCCAAGAAAGAGCUGCAGAGUUUAACAUAACAGGAGUGACGUACAGACUCACUCAAGGAGUUGUGAAGAGAAUCAUCCCUGCAGUGGCAUCAACUAACGCUGUGAUUGCGGCUGCCUGUGCAACAGAAGUUUUUAAAAUUGCUACAAGUGCGUAUAUUCCUUUAAAUAAUUACCUGGUCUUUAAUGACGUGGAGGGACUGUACACCUACACUUUUGAAGCUGAACGAAAGGAAAAUUGUUCAGCUUGCAGCCAGGUGCCUCAGGAUCUCCAGUUCCCUCCUUCCGCCAAAUUACAGGAGGUUUUAGAGUACCUCACGGAGAACGCAGCUCUACAAAUGAAAUCCCCAGCCAUAACCACAACUCUGGAGGGGAAGAACAAGACGCUCUAUUUGCAGUCGGUUAAAUCCAUUGAGGAACGAACCAGGCCAAACCUCUGCAAGACUUUGAAAGAGCUGGGCUUGUCAGAUGGACAGGAACUGGCUGUGGCCGACGUCACCACACCCCAGACGGUUCUCUUCAAGCUGAAUUUCACCACCUGAACAUUGAUGACACUGCACAGCACUGAUGUUUGGUUGCCUGCAUCUGAAUGCAAACUGGGUCGUUGAGCUAGCACAUUUGAUAUGAUGUAAAUAUGAGUGAGAUCUCCGACAGGAUUGGUUAUUAUGGAGUCAUUUAACAACAUUGGUUUUUUUUGUUGUUGUUGUUUUGUUUUUUUCUAUUGGUAAUGUUUACUUUUUUGUGGGGGUUUUUUUUCUGUGUUGACUUAUAUUGUAGCUGUUUUUCUGUCAAUCAAAUGCAAUUAAUUAUGUGCACUGUGCUCUAAUAAAGUUUUGUUAUCAUGUUUAGAGAGGAAGACUGA